CAACUCCUCAAUUCUCUUCAAAUCAACGAAAGAUGUAUGUUAAAGCAAGUAAUGAAGCAGAGAGCUCGGUUUCAGGAGACAGAAAAGAGUCACCAAUACCAUCCAAGGAAAUUCAAGUAACAGUCUCCAGGCGACAUUGUCUCUCUUGUUUAUGUUCAACUGUGCCUUUGAUAAGUGGUUUUGGAAGACCUACUUCUGCAACAAAUGCUAUUGCUUUGGAUGCCAAGGAAAGACCUGCUUGUAGGAAUUGUGGGGGAAGUGGUGCUGUGAUAUGUGAUAUGUGUGGUGGUACAGGAAAAUGGAAAGCUCUAAACAGGAAGCGAGCCAAAGAUGUUUACGAGUUUACAGAAUGUCCAAAUUGUUACGGUCGAGGAAAGCUUGUCUGUCCUGUUUGUUUAGGAACUGGCUUGCCAAACAAUAAAGGUCUCCUAAGGAGGCCCGAGGCAAGGAAGCUACUUGAUAAAAUGUAUAAUGGAAGGCUACUUCCAAAUUCUUAAG